UGGAGGGGCAUUGAGCCUGUGUCAGGGGAAGCUAAUGGAGAGUCGCGCUCUGGACCCAGGGGCUCGGGACUCCUAUGGUGCCACCAGCCACCUCCCCAACAAGGGGGCUCUGGCAAAAGCCAAGAACAACUUCAAAGACCUGAUGUCCAAGCUGACGGAGGGCCAGUAUGUGCUGUGCCGCUGGACGGAUGGACUGUAUUACCUCGGGAAGAUCAAGAGGGUCAGCAGUUCUAAGCAGAGCUGCCUGGUGACUUUUGAAGAUAAUUCCAAAUACUGGGUCCUAUGGAAGGACAUACAGCACGCUGGCGUUCCAGGGGAGGAGCCCAAGUGCAACAUCUGCCUGGGGAAGACAUCAGGGCCACUGAAUGAGAUCCUCAUCUGUGGGAAGUGUGGCCUGGGUUACCACCAGCAGUGCCACAUCCCUAUAGCAGGCAGUGCUGACCGGCCCCUGCUCACACCUUGGUUCUGCCGACGCUGCAUCUUCGCGCUGGCUGUGCGGAAGGGCGGCGCGCUGAAGAAGGGCGCCAUCGCCAGAACGCUGCAGGCCGUGAAGAUGGUGCUGUCCUACCAGCCGGAGGAGCUCGAGUGGGACUCGCCCCACCGCACCAACCAGCAGCAGUGCUACUGCUACUGCGGCGGGCCCGGAGAAUGGUACCUACGGAUGCUGCAGUGCUUCCGGUGCCGACAGUGGUUCCACGAGGCCUGCACCCAGUGCCUUAAUGAGCCCAUGAUGUUCGGAGACCGGUUCUACCUGUUCUUCUGCUCCGUGUGUAACCAGGGCCCGGAGUACAUCGAGCGGCUGCCCCUGCGAUGGGUGGAUGUGGUUCACCUGGCCCUCUACAACCUGGGAGUGCAGAGCAAGAAGAAGUACUUUGACUUCGAGGAGAUUCUGGCCUUUGUCAACCACCACUGGGAGCUCCUGCAACUUGGCAAGCUCACCAGCACCCCUGUGACGGACCGAGGACCUCAUCUCCUCAAUGCGCUCAACAGUUACAAAAGCCGGUUCCUCUGUGGCAAGGAGAUCAAGAAGAAGAAGUGCAUCUUCCGUCUGCGUAUCCGAGUCCCGCCCAACCCGCCAGGGAAGCUGCUGCCCGACAAGGGCCUGGUGCCCACCGAGAGCGUGGCCUCCUCUGAGCUGCGUAAGAGAGGAAAGAGCAAGCCUGGUUUGUUGCCUCACGAAUUCCAGCAGCAGAAAAGGCGAGUUUAUAGAAGAAAAAGAUCAAAGUUUUUGCUGGAAGAUGCUAUUCCCAGUAGUGACUUUACCUCAGCCUGGAGCACCAACCACCACCUGGCCAGCAUAUUUGACUUCUCGCUGGAUGAAAUUCAGAGUCUGAAAAGUGCCAGCUCAGGCCAGACCUUCUUCUCUGACGUGGACUCCACGGAUGCCGCCAGCUCCUCCGGCUCGGCUUCCACCAGCCUCUCCUACGACUCCAGACGGACAGUGGGCAGCCGCAAGAGGAAGCUGGCAGCCAAAGCGUACGUGCCGCUGCGGGCAAAGCGGCGGGCGGCUGAACCGGGUGGACGCUGCCCCUCAGACAGCAGUGCAGAGGGGGCUUCGGGCCCCGAGCGGCCGGACGAAGGCAUUGACAGCCACACCUUCGAGAGCAUCAGUGAGGAUGACUCGUCCUUGUCCCACCUCAAGUCAUCCAUCACCAACUAUUUUGGCGCGGCCGGGCGGUUAGCCUGCGGGGAGAAGUACCAGGUGCUGGCCCGGAGAGUCACGCCCGAGGGCAAGGUCCAGUACCUGGUGGAGUGGGAAGGGACCACCCCUUACUGACUAGCCCCAGGGGGUGCCAGGAGCCUGGAAACCCACGGAGAGAGCCUUUUCUCCAGGCUGGGGUGGGGAGGAAGGCAAGUCUGCUGCCAGUGCCUGGCUAGAGGCCCUCCCCGCCGGCCCGCCAGGCCCGUGCCUCUCUGCGCCUGUUCUGCUCUUGGGCCUCCUCAGGCUGGUCACCCCUCUGCCUGUGUUUCUAAGGUCCCACUGGCUAUGACUCAGUAUCUUCACACCACACUCCCUCAGACUGUUUACCUGUAACUGAAUGUGUGUCCCCACCCCGGCUCGAGGACCCUUUUCCCUGAGGCCCAAGUCUUUCUCUUUGUCCCGUUAAUGUCCCUUUACCUCUCUCCUCCCCCGUUUGGGGGGGGGGGUGUGUUUACACACCUACGUGGGCAUGGCUGUCCUGUACUGGAUGUCAUCACAGCUGAGCCCUGGGCAGCCAGUAGUCCCAGGAACCACGCUGCGAGAACAAGAGCCUUCAAGCAUGGCUGAAGGGGAAGAGGAGCCUCUCGGAGCUUUUCCUGCCCCCCCUUUCCUGGCCCUCUGUGAGAGUGGGAGGCUGCCUCUGUGACAGCCUGUGAGGCAGAGACCCUGGGGCUCUCAGGACCUGAGGGGCCAAGAGGCUGGGUUACUAAGGCUGCAGGUGUCCACUUCUGAGGUCCCAGAACUUGUCCUUUCCUCUGGCCACAACCCCUCCUAGUUGCCAAGAAGCUGGUCCUGGCCUUGCUGGAGUGCAGGCAGCCUUGAAAACCCGCAGGACAGGGAGAGGAAGUGGGAGGAAAGGAAACCUCAGACUGUCUCCUGUGCCUCCCACCCCCAGACCCACCUGACACAGCCAAGCAAUACUCUCCUAGAAGCUUCCAUCCCCACGUGCGCUUUCACCCUAGAGGCACACACACCACACACACGCGCACCCCAACUCCCUGUGGCGCCAGCCUAGUUCCUGCCCUCUGUUCCCCUGUGGUCCCCUCCAGGAACUCUGUGCUGCCACUAAAUGUGCAAGUCCAGCUCCUGCCCCCUUUGUCCUGCCUGUGAACCAGCUCUGACACCACAGGGAGCACGGAAGACGCACACCCUUCCUCAUUCCCUGCUGCGCUGAGGUUGACAAUCACUUUUUGGGACAGGUUGGGACUUUUAAAAGGCUUGUGUGUGUGGUUCAGGCCCCUCGAAGGGAAGCCUUUGUUGGUGGGGGUAUAAGUAGAGUUCUUAGAACUGACAUUACAACUAUACCAUCUGGAGGGAAACCAAAAAUGAGAAGGGGAGGGGACCCCUCAUUUUUGCUGCUUCCGGAUGUAUUAGAAACUGACUCACUUGAUUGGAAAGUAGAAAGUGCCUUGACUGGGAGGGGGGGUGGACCAGAUGGGGACCAGCCUUGCCAGCUGCCACCAUGGCCUGCCACCUGGCGGAGUUCUGCAGGCUGCCAGCAGUGAGGCGGAAGGGGGCGGCAGAGGGGGCCGCAGGCCCGGGGAGCUGGGUUUUCCCUCGCUGAGCCCUGCCCUCCCAACCUGUGCGGAUCAGAGAGUCCCUGAGAUUGUUCAGACGGCCCGUGCCUUAAACCUCAACUCCUUUAGUGCCUUUCACACGGGACCUCACCUCCUGCACGCGGCCCACCCCUCCCCUCUGCCACCUCAGCAGGACCCAGGCAGGGCACAGCUGGGGCUGGGCCCAGUUCUCUCCCUUCUCAGCCCCACAGCUGCUGCCACGGAAGCCCCCCACUGGGGCCAGAUGGAAGGGGGGCUGAGGAGCCAGCCCCCAGCCCAGCAGGGCUGUGGGACCUGGGAUCCAGUCUAUGGCUCCCCGCCUGGCGUCAGCUUUCUAGGCUUCUGAGAAAGCACUGGGAUGAGCCAGGCCUGCCACCGUGCACCUGUGCCUUCUCUACUCCCGCUCCAGAGAGGCUCUGGGCCAGAAGAGGGGGGAGGGGGUGCCUUCCUCCAAGGCUUGGGAAGGCCACCCUGACUCCACACCCCAGCAUUUCAUUCAUACCAGAUCAUAGCUGCAUUACUGCCAACUGACCUUAUAAUAACCCUGUGCACCUUUGAAAAGAUUUAUGGUUUUGAAUUGCUGCUUUUAAUAACAUUUGUUAUAUUAAAGUUAUAAUUAAUAUGUCUGAUUUAUAA